UCCAGGCAUGGAUGGGAAGAAAUGCAAUGUCUGGAUGUUUUUGCCUCUUGUAUUUACCUUGUUUACUUCCGCUGGAUUGUGGAUAGUAUACUUUAUAGCUGUGGAAGAUGACAAAAUUUUCCCGUUAAAUUCGGAAGAAAGAAAACCUGCUGUGAAGCAUGCACCAUAUAUAAGUUUCGCAGGUGAUGAACCUCCUGCAAGCUGUGUGUUUAGUCAAGUAAUGAACAUGGCAGCAUUUCUAGCUCUUGUGAUAGCAGUUCUCCGCUUCAUACAACUGAAACCAAAAGUUUUAAACCCAUGGCUGAAUAUUAGUGGAUUGGUGGCACUGUGUCUGGCUUCCUUUGGAAUGACCUUACUUGGUAAUUUUCAGCUCACGAAUGAUGAAGAAAUCCAUAAUGUUGGGACUUCCUUGGCCUUUGGAUUUGGCACACUGGCCUGCUGGAUCCAGGCUGCAUUGACACUCAAAGUCAACAUCAAGAAUGAAGGACGGAAAGUUGGAAUUCCAAGAGUUGUUCUGUCAGCAUGUAUCACUCUCUGUGUGGUCCUCUACUUCAUCCUCAUGGCCCAACGCAUCCACAUGUAUGCAGCCAGGAUCCAGUGGGGCUUAGUCAUGUGCUUCCUGUCUUACUUUGGCACUUUUGCUGUGGAGUUCCGGCAUUAUCGCUAUGAGAUUGUUUGCUCUGAGUACCAGGAGAAUUUCCUAAGCUUCUCAGAAAGCCUGUCAGAAGCUUCUGAAUAUCAAACCGACCAGGUGUAACCUAUCAGCUUCUCCUUGCUGUUGAGGUGGGUGUGACAGUGGAGGCCAGGCCAGGAGGGCACACUCACAGAACUUGAUACAGAACCUCAUGACACAUUUUUCAUACACACACGCGCGCACACACACCAGGCAUCCAUUCAUGGCCACAUUUGCCAAAUGAGCUUUUCAGGGCGACUUGUUUCUUUUAAGAAAAAGCACAAGCCCUUAUGUGUCGAGAUAGCACACUGUUACACUG